AACACUGCUUGGUCCUAAAACUCAAACUUGUUAUUAUUACUAAAUUGGACAUAAAUUGUUGGAACUUUAGGCCGAAAUUACAUCAAAUAUGUAAAAAAUAGUGGGCAAAAUGACUGACAACAUCAAUUGUUCUCGUCAUAUCUCCUAUGAGCAAUUCAAAAUAUUAAUUGAUUUCAUGGGACAACACGUAGGGCUUGCAACAGGAAGCGCUCGCACGCUAGAAGCAAGACAUAAGUCUAAAAGUUUGUGGAAUGAACUAACAAAAAUGUUAAACAACACUAGAUCGGGUACCAGGAAGACAUCAGAUGGUUGGAGUAAGUAUUGGAGUGACUUCAAAAAUAAACUCAAAAAUAAAGUAAGGCUGAUCAAGAAGAGAAAGAGACCUGGUGCAUCAAAAAAUAUCAUAAAUCCUUUGACAAGACUAGAGAAGAGAGCUCUAAUUAUCUUAGGUCCUCAUUUUGGCGGAAAUAUGUCUAAGGUUUCUGUUGAUCCCUUUAAUAAUUUAAUUUCUUGUCCACCAGAAGUUAAAUUAGAGGCUUACCAAGAGAAUGGACAUGACGAUUUAUCUUUCAUGCACAGUGAUUCUAGUGAUCGAUGCUCAGUUGAAAGAGACAGCAGUAUGAGUGAAAAUUCAAAUGAGGAAUUUGAUGAUGAAUCUGAAGAGGAGCCAAAUGAACCAACUAUACAAAGUAUAUAUCCAAAAUGGCUUAUUGAGGUUGAGAAAAAACGUGCAGAAGCUGAUCUCAGUCGAUCAAAGGCAGAAGAAAAAAGAGCAAUCAUAUCAGAAAAAAAUGCUGAUGCAGCUCUUGUUCAAGCUGAAGCUUUAAAGAAUUUAGCAGAAGCUGCAACUGUACAAGCUAAUGCACUUGUGAGAAUAGCUACUUUGCUAGAAAAUCGUGGUGAAAGGGAAAACAUACUGCCCAUAUGAUGUGAUGAUGUCUUGGAUUGGACUUAUAGCUUUGAAUAGUUAUAAUGCAUGUACAGCAUUAUAGUGGACUUCUAAAUAGUUUUAAACAUGUAAAUAGGAAACAAAGACAUUCUAAACACUAAAAACUGCUUAUAAAAUUGUUUAUUUGGAAUAUUAAUGCACAGCCCAAACUAUUGAGUCUAGAAAGCUGAAAUGAAAUGUUGGCCUAAAAGGUUUAUUUGAUAAUAUAAACAU